AUGUCGGACAAUGGUCAGAACUUGCGGGUCAGACCGCUAAAAAUUGGCGAGCUGAUAGACAAGGGAGACGAUUCGGAGGAUGCAAACGCUGCAGAGCUCCUGAUGGCGGCACAGGCGCUGGGUGAGCUGAAAAACCGCACUGAGCCAUCCAAACCAACGAUCCUCGACAAAGUCACCUCUCACCCCCUUAUAUCCAGCUCUAUCAACUACAUGCUGGAAAAAACGAUCAACACUUCAAGCAACAUUGUUCUGUUCAGCGACGAAAAAUCCAAACGUGCUCGCAAUGACCAACAGACAGAGUCUGUGGGGGCCGACAGGGAGGACGUAUCUGAGCAGAUCUCGCUCAAACGCCCGAAAUUGGAAAAGACAAGCUCUGGAUCUCAGCUCAACAGCCGUCUUCCGCCUCCAUCACAGCCUCGAUUCGCCCGCCUCAAUUCGUCUCUGCGUCAGCAGGUUACCAUAUCGUCAGCCAUUUCCACCCAAAAGAGCCUUCAGGAUCUCACAGAGCUCAGCGUUCUGAAUCUCAAUAUCGAGAGUCGUCGCAGACUCACCAUGUUGAUCAAUUUUUUGAAGAUUGGAAACACGCAGCUGAGCGAGCGCAUUGAAAACCUCAUCAACGUUCUGGCGAAUGAACACGUCGUGAGCAAAUCUCGCUCUUCUAGUCCUGAUAAUAUUCACGGUGGUGCUUCGACGCUUUCUCUGCCGUCACUAGCCUCCGUGAGCAGUGCCGCGUCUCUGGCUAGUCUCCCGAAUUCCGACGAAACGCCAAAGUUGAGCCCAGAGGCAGAAAUCCCUGUUCAGCAGCUUAAAAACGAAAUAGUGGGCACUGUGAAGAAGAUAGUGAAUGUCGUCUCGAAAGUUUCUGCAAACUCGCUUCCAGAGCCCGCCCGCUCGAACGUCCGCGAAAUGCUGUUAAAACUACCAACCAAUUGGGCCAUGUCGUUGGAGCAGAACAUGUCGGAGCCGGAAGAGGAGGACUCGGACGACGAAACAAAGACGAUAUACGAAGAUUCGGUGGAGUACCCGGACCAGAGUGCUGAAUCGCAGAAACGCAAGUCCAGGUCGCUGGCGCAGCAACUGCUGGCCAACUUGUUCAAGUACAGAAAUAAAACACAGAAGAACAUUGCGCAGCCAAACACCUGGUUCAAGAAAUCUAUCCGCGACCAGAUUCUGAGCGAUCGAAAUGGCAAGGUGCUAGUUCUGGCUCAGGAAUCGCUUGACAUGAUCAACAAAAUUAUCAAAUUCUGCAACGAAAACCUCGACAGGGCAGAAACGUGGAACAUCUCAAAACAGACCCAGCAGGCUGCCCAUUUAAUGAACAAACUACAAAACAUCACAUACGUGACGCCUGUGUCGAGCUGCGACGCGGCCUCGAACUCCUCGGAAGCGCAAAAGGACUCGCAGGACGCCGACACUAUCGUGGUUCGCGAUGAAUCUCCAUCCAAUUUAUGA